AUGCUGCCGACUACACGUACCCCCAGGUCCCGUUUCGACGAACCGUUCAUAUCCGCGCUGGAUGCUGCUGCACCAGAGAACGCCAACGAUGAUCCCAGCUACUACGCCCGCUAUCCGCGCUCGCUUCUCACCACAUCGAAUCUCGAAACAUUUGUGACUGGUACCGGGUCCGCUAUCUACGAUUCUCUUGUGCCGCUCUUUGAAUCCACUAGCCACGAGCUUAUUCUCGUCACCUGUUUCUGGGCUCAGUCAUCAACACUACAAACACUAAAUGACGUACUUCGAAGACUUUCUGACAAAGCUAUUCGGAGAGGCACUGAGAAAAUCAGGGUUAGGCUAUGCUUCUCUUCCAGCUCAAUCUUGCAAAAGCUAUUCCACAAGCAGACCACCGCAGGCCAAACCUACGACUCCUCGUCCUGGGUGAAGAAGCUGGGUCUACCUGAUGCUUCCGAUCUCCAUGGACUGGAUUUAGAUAUCAAGUCCAUUUUCAUCUUGCCGUUUAGCGUCAUGCAUCCCAAAUUCAUCAUUGUGGACCGAAAGACGGUUGUACUGCCGAGUUGUAACAUUAGCUGGGAAGAGUGGUUCGAGGGUGCCAUUUCUCUCACAGGACCAGUGGUUGACCAGUUUCUCAAGUUCUACCGUACCUUUUGGGAACAACGACUGGAUGACCCUACUGUUCUUGAAGCUGUAAACCAUGCUUCCAUCAAAGAGGAUCCCGCGCUCAAGUCGUUUGUGCAUCUCUCAGCUCCAGACAUACACACAGUCUUCUUGCCCAGUCCGCAUCGUCGGAACCCGCAAUUCUACUUUUUCGGACUACAGGGAGACGUGAAAGCGCCGCCGACGCCGUUGAACGUUUUCAUACUCACACUUUUCGACAAGGCAGAAAAGAGCAUCCGCAUCCAAACACCAAACUUCACUUCGCCACCGGUUCUAUCGGCGAUACUCAGAGCACUUGCUCGCGGUAUUGACGUCCGUAUAUUGACUUCAGAGCGCCUUAUGAUACUCGAGCAAUUAGUCACGGCAGGAACUACGACAUCACGCUGCAUCAAUGGGCUUAUCAAACGCUACCGAAAGCUCUCUUCUGAUAUACUUCAAGCCACUGAUGAAGAGUCACCCAUGGCUGCUUUCCGACCCGGUAGCCUUCACAUAUCGUACUUUGAUGCAAUUGGAGGACCACGAAGCAGGGGAAGAGAAGGGGGAGAGCCGCAACAGUCCCAUCUCAAAAUGACCAUUGUAGACGAUGAAGUGCUUGUCCUGGGCUCUGGAAAUCUGGACCGUGCUAGUUGGUUCACGAGCCAAGAGCUUGGUGUUGCAUUUUUCGACAAAGACGUGGCACUCAAAGUAAAAAGCGCAGUGGAUGCUGGCAUCGAAGGGAGGAGUAGAGUUGUGUUCGAUAGUGAGGUAUUACACUAA